UAUCUCCUGAACAAGGAAGUGCUCUUCCUUUGCCACUUAGUUGUUGUACUUCCAUUUUUACAUUUAUAUAACCAUGAUCAGCUUUUUUGAGUUCAAAUUAGCCCAUUGCUAUUGUAUGGUAUGAUAAUAGAAAUUUAGCUUUUGGUGGUGGUAAUCAUGUAUUUUGCCAAUUUUCUUUCCAUAUGUGACUUUUGUAUGCGAAAUAAUCUAAUUCUUCACGAUGAAUCUUUUUUAAUCACAUUAAGUGUUCAAAUGACCAUUGUGGCUAGGGUUGUGCAUUUAGUCGGUUCAGUCGGUUUGGUCCAAGGGUUUUUAAAAUUGCAAUUUGGCUCCAAUUAGAACUAUUCUUAAAGGUCGUAUAGCGCACUUCUCUCUUCCUAUAUAAAGCAUUAAGUAACAACAUAUCACAAUCCAAAGCAAACUCUAAAAUGUGAUCCCCUGAAUCAUUCCUAUCACCAUAGUUAAACCCACCAUGGACCCUCUCAAAACUUUCAGCCUCCUUCCUGUCAUGGCCAUUUUAGCCACCUCCUAUAAAAAACUUUUUCAUUGCUCAGUAUUCCCUGAACAAUCCCAUCCAAAGUCCUUCCAAAACUCAUUUUUUACCUGCUCGCUGAAACCUACUUGUGGGGUGUAGACACUAAUGGCAUUAAAAAUCUCCUCUUUUAAAAUUCAUAAUUUUGGGUUUCUAUUUAUCAAAUGGAGCCAACCAAAUUGGUCAGAAAAACUGAAUUAACAUAUGUUUAUGUUUUUGAUUUGGCUAAAUUGAUUGGUUACGGGAGAAGCUUCAUUGUAAAACUGAGUGUACAUGAGUGACAAAUUAUGCAAAGAAACUAUGCAGGCAACGAUUUCGUUGAAGAUUGAAAAAUCAGUCAUUGUUCGAGAUUUAUUUUACAAUCAACCAGUUCGUAGGAAGUACAUUCAGUCCAGUCUAAAAAAGGUGCUGCAUUCUGUAAAGAAAUGCGUGCUUCGAACUGCUCUAGUGAACCCAGAGAUUCUAUUCAAAGUAGUUGACCUUGAAAGUGAGGCUGAGCUGCUUCGCACGUUGCCAUCUUCAUCUCCUUUGCACCUGAUUUCUAUUUUUUUCGGGGAUGAGGUUUCUGGUUCCCUGCAAGAGAUAACUUUUUCUGAUAGAGAUAUAAAAUUUUCUGGCUACAUAUCCAGCCCAAGAGAUGCUUUCUCCACAAAGGCUUUUCAGUAUGUCUAUAUCAAUUCGAGGUUUGUCUGCAAGGGCCCAAUUCAUAAUUUGCUCAACAGCUUGGCAUCUAGUUUACAGUCUUCCACAGAGAUUAAGUUUCACAGUGGAAAACGGCCUAGGACUCAAACAUACCCGGCGUAUAUUCUUAAUAUUUGCUGCCCUAUUUCAAUGUAUGAUUUAAUGUUUGAGCCUUCAAAGACAAUCCUAGAAUUCAAGGAUUGGACUGUUGUCUUGUCAGUUCUCAAGCAAGCGAUCUGGCAGCACUGGGAAAAGCUCCUGGCACAGCAGUCACAAGGAAAAGCUUUCGGCAACAAUAAUACAGUACCCAUAGAAAGUGAAAUUCAAAAUAAAGUUGCAUCAAAGAGUUGUACAAUAAGAAAAAGGAAAGAUUUUGUCCAGAGUCCUCAAAGUUCUUCUCAUCCAACAGCUAAAUCUUCAGUUGAUUUUAAGAACCAUAGACUAGCAAGAACUGUAAAAAGAUCACUUCCUGAGCUUAAACCAUGCAGAAGCAACAGUGGUGAUGUUUGGCAAACAAAUUGCUCUUCUCAAGGUCAAAUUGCUGAUAAGGAGGUUUCUUUCAGUUUCAAAGAGGAUCACAUGGGGUGUGCUAAGAUUUGUAGUGGGAUGCCUGCCUCCAAUUCUGAUUCUGCCUUCAUGAAAGAUUCUAUCUUCUCUUUUGAGAAGGCAAAUUUGGACACAAAUUGUUUACGAUUGAGAUGGGGUGAUAAUUCUUGUAGAGGUGAUAGGAGCCUUGAAGAUGUAUCAGCGCAAAUGUUGUAUAAUUGUGACCCUUGUUUUGUGAAGAAUAAUACAGAAGAUGCAUUUAGAUUAGUGGGCAGUGUUGGAUUUAACAAACCAGAUUUGAAAGCCAAUCGAGGGAUUGAAUCUGAGCAUCUCGACUCAGCAUCCUACUCCACUUGCAGUCCAGUUGAGUUUGAGCCUGGUCACUCAAAACAUUUACCUGUUCAUGACUUCAGGCAUUCUCCUGGUGUUGGUUAUGGCAGUAAGACUUCAAAGUUUGAGUUGAUGUGGCACCAGCAAGUUGGUGAUUCUGUCCUCGAAAAAUGCCAAGCAACCAGAGAAUUAGAUAUAUUGUUAGGUGAUUCACUAAACCCCUUUUCACCUGUUUAUUCAAGCUUCACUAAAAAUAGUAGCUUUCAUAGUAGUUUAAUCACCCAACUUUGGGGAAAUGGCUCCAAUUAUGUAUCUCGUGAGAUGGGAAGGUAUAUUGGAUCCCCAUAUUAUGCAUCUGGGAGAACACGGUUUGAUGAUUUUGCAUAUACCUACAAUUUUGAUGCAAAAUCAAUGUCUUUCGAGAAUGACUUUGGAAAGUCUGAUGGAGUGGAGAGAAGUUUCAAAAAUAUGUCUGCUAAUUCUCAGAGAACACUUUAUACCACAAGUUUCAAGGGCAGCAAAUUUAAUUAUUUAGAUCGCUUUAGUACUGAUAAGACUUUGUGCCAUGGGCAACCUUCAGAUGGCGUCAGCUUUGAAGUUAAGGUAAAUGAUGAUCCUGACAGAUGGUUUUUAGAUCAUUCUGAUGCAAUUUAUUCAGACAAUCCCAAAAGGCAUGCUUUCAAUGGCCAUAUGGAUGUGGCUGACAGCAUACUUAAGCACAAACAAGAUAAGCAGGAGACUCAAGAUUCUCGGCUGUCUCAUGGUUUUCUCAAUAUUAGAUCUGGGAGAAGUCAAUCAGCUCCACCAUUUUACAAGGGCAAAUGCAAGUUCUCCAUUGUAAAUACUUGUCAUCAUACGACAGUAGAAGGGAAAGAAAAUGUUGGUGUGAAGUUUAAACCAGGAACUAUAUAUUCAUCCAAGGAAUUGGCUCAACCUUCUAAUGCAUCUCAGCCUCUUCUUGAGACAAGCCUUGCUGAGAUUUCUUCGUGUUCCAGAGAAUCCAGUGGUAAAGUGUCAGUCACAAAAGCAACAGAUGAGGCGCUGGACAAUAAACAGCCUCAAAAAGCAGAUUAUAAUAACGCAAUAAACAAUGUUAAUGAAGAUGAAUUGAAAUAUGCAUCAGGAAAUUUAACAAAAUGGCGGAAUCAUGAUGCACAGCCUACAGGUGGAGAAAUGCAUCAUGAUAAUAAUGAUGAUAUUCUUGACAUUUCUUCCGGAUUGCUACAUCUUACUAGUAGUUCCUUAGUACCUGAUAGUAUCAGCAGAGAAUGCCUUGAGAAUGCAAGAGUUCUUUUUCAAGUGGAUAAAAAGUUCAUCCCAGUUAUAGCUGGCGACACGCUAAUCAUCAUAGAUCAGCAUGCUGCUGAUGAGCGAAUUCGUUUGGAAGAACUCCGUCGAAAGGUUCUAUCUGGUGAAGGGAACCAUAUCAGUUAUUUGGGUGAGGAGCAAGAUUUGAUUCUUCCUGAGAUAGGGUUCCAGAUAUUACAUAACUAUGCUGAUCAGAUACAGAAAUGGGGCUGGAUUUGCAACAUCCACACUGAGUGUUCAGAUUCAUUUGUGAAGAAUAUGAAUCUUAUGAACAAAAGGCCACAUGCUGUCUCCCUUUUAGCAGUACCCUGUAUUUUAGGGAUUGAUCUGACUGAUAAAGAUCUUUUAGAAUAUCUUGAGCAGCUUGCUGAGACAGACGGAUCAUCAACGCUGCCUCCUGCUGUUAUCCGUAUCCUCAAUUUCAAAGCUUGCAGAGGUGCUAUUAUGUUCGGGGAUUCCUUGUUACCCUCAGAAUGUUCUCUCAUAGUCGAUGAAUUAAAAGCAACAUCUUUAUGUUUCCAGUGUGCUCACGGCCGGCCAACGACAGCCCCGCUUCUCAACAUGGUAGCCCUACAUGAGCAGUUGACAUUGCUCGAGAUGCGACUCCGUGCCCCAGAGAACGAAUGGCACGGACUCAGCCAACACAGACCCAGCGUCAAGAGAGCACGGCAACGGUUAGCCUCUGCUAAAAGGUUCCAGAAAGGAUAGCGCCGAAGAGCGCACCACCAGAGGUUAGUCACAAAGACAAUUUUUUCCCCACCUAUUCAUUUGUAAAUGUAUCAUAAACAGAAACCAUUAGCACAUUGAUUUUACCUGUACAACCUGUAUUUCCAUUUGAUGCAAAUAAACAAGGUGUUUUUUU